GAUAGGUUUCGAAUAGAUAUAACAGUAGUAGAAUAACUUUGCGGUAAUAAACAAAUGACAUUGUAGUUUUGAUUAAUGUUAGAGAAAUAUAUCUUAUUUCUUAAUAGUUAUUUUGAACAAAAAUUUGAAAAACACAAUGAUAAUCAUAUUAGUUGUAUUGUGCUUAAUACAGGUAGUGGUUUUUGGAACAUGUCCACCCGGAAAAUAUGGUGACAACUGUGAACAUUUAUGUUUAUAUCCUCAUUGUUUCUGCGUUUCACAUUUGGACUGUGGUUCAUGCGAGGCAGGAUAUUGGAACAUUAGUGGGAACUGCAAGUUCAUAUGCACUUCUCUAACAUGCAUAUGCUCCAACUAUACAAACUGUCAUUAUUGUAAAGAUGGAUAUUAUGGGCUGGAGAGUAAAUGUAAAAAUACUUGUUCUUCUGGAUGUGAUGACAAUAAAUGUGACAAUAAUGGAUACUGUGAUACUUGUAAGCCUAAUUUUGCUGGAAGUAAAUGUGACUCAUGUGUUGAUGGCCGAUAUGGUGCAAACUGCUCAAACAGUAAUCAAACAUGUUCUUCUGGGUGCAAUGGAGACGAAUGUUACCCUAACGGAACAUGUUUGUGUGAGCCUAAUUUCACUGGGAAAACGUGUGAAUCAUGUGUAGAUGGCUAUUAUGGGGCAAAUUGCUCUUUUAAAUGCAGUGGAGGUUGUGCUAAGGACAACUGCAGUUCAUCAGAUGGAUCAUGCAACUGCAAGAAUAAUUAUAGUGGUGAAAAAUGUGAAUACUGUAUAGAAGGUCGAUAUGGUGAUGAAUGUUCUAAAAAGUGUAGUCUAGGCUGCUUAGAACAUACUUGCUCUUUUACUGAUGGGAAGUGCGAUUGUAAAGAAUUUUACACAGGAGAUACAUGCGACGUAUGUGAAAAUGGGCGUUAUGGUGAAGACUGUUCAAAACCAUGUAGUCUUGGAUGCUUAGACAACACUUGCUCAUCUACUGAUGGAAUGUGUGAGUGUAGAGACUUUUACACAGGAGAUACAUGCGAUGUUUGUGUUGAUGGGCCUUUCAGGGACGGUUGUUUAAAUACAUCAGCAAUGAAUGAACCGACAGAGACAGAUAAACAAAACGUUGGUGUGACAGUUGGUGGGAUAAUUGGUGCUGUUCUUGUAGUUGUAGCGGUUGUCGUUGUUGUCAUCAUUCUAAAACAAAGAAAUGAGUUAUGCUGGAAAAAGCCACGAGGUGAAGAACAACACAGCGAAGUAAUGCAUACGGUUGUGUACGCUACAGUGCAGAAAAAUAGACACUCAUCUGUUCCCUCUCAGCAAAUGGAGUCCAGUCGUGGCGAUCAGGCACAUCGCCCUCACAUUUCAUUAACCGAAAACCACGCUGAAACUGGUAAUAUAAUCAAACGUACACGUAUGUUGUUGAGCUUGAUUAUAAAGACAGCUAAACGCUGUUAUACAUCAUUCUCGGGUUACGGUUAUGGGUAGACAAUAGUAAUUAUGUCCUGUGUUGGUG